UGUCGCUGUACAAAACAUACAGUGUAGACCUGCGAGCUCCGUGUACAUGAAGUCAUCUCCCCUGGACCAGCUUUUAAAAUCCACUCUGAGACAUGGAGUGUUCGUAGAGGAGAAGCACGAUCACACACACACACACUGGAUACUUUCACCACACUCUUUUGGACUUGGACACUCCUUUUUUUUGUUUGUGUUUGUAUGUUCGCUGGAUGUGGAUCACAUUUAGGAGGGAUCCCAGCAAACAUCCCCUGGUGGUUUGUGUGUAGGAAAUGGCAACUGCUCUCAGUGGCCGAAACCCUGGCGGACGUGGACCACAGCGAAGUAAGGGUCGCAUUUUAGGUAUAAUUGAUGCCAUCCAGGAUGCAGUGGGACCUCCCAAACAAGCAGCUGCCGACCGUAGGACUGUGGAGAAGACCUGGAAACUCAUGGAUAAAGUUGUCCGGUUGUGCCAAAAUCCCAGACUCCAGCUAAAAAACAGUCCACCGUACAUCCUGGAUAUCUUACCUGAUGCCUACCAGCACCUGCGGCUUAUACUGGGCAAAUAUGAGGAGAACCAGAGACUAGCACAGCUCAGUGACAAUGAGUACUUUAAAAUCUACAUCGAUAGCCUUAUGAAGAAAUCCAAACGGGCCAUCCGGCUCUUCAAAGAGGGAAAGGAAAGGAUGUAUGAGGAGCAGUCACAGGACAGGAGGAACCUGACCAAGCUGUCUCUGAUCUUCAGUCACAUGCUGGCUGAAAUCAAAGCCAUCUUCCCUGGAGGACAGUUCCAGGGGGACACGUUCAGGAUCACCAAGGCUGAUGCUGCUGACUUCUGGAGGAGAUUUUUUGGAGAAAAGACAAUAGUGCCAUGGAAAGUCUUUCGACAGUGCCUUCAUGAACUGCAUCACAUCAGCUCGGGCCUGGAAGCCAUGGCCCUCAAAUCCACCAUCGAUCUCACCUGCAAUGACUAUAUUUCUGUGUUUGAGUUCGACAUCUUCACACGCCUUUUCCAGCCAUGGGGAUCAAUUCUGAGAAACUGGAAUUUCCUAGCAGUGACUCACCCUGGCUACAUGGCCUUCCUUACCUAUGAUGAGGUCAAAGCCAGACUGCACAAGUACAUCAACAAGCCUGGAAGUUACAUCUUCAGACUGAGUUGUACACGGCUGGGCCAGUGGGCCAUCGGUUAUGUGACUAAUGAUGGGAACAUCCUGCAAACCAUCCCCCACAACAAGCCACUGUUCCAGGCCCUCAUCGAUGGCUACAGGGAGGGCUUCUACUUGUUCCCUGAUGGUCGCAGUUAUAAUCCUGACCUCACUGGUUUAUGUGAGCCAACGCCUCAUGAUCACAUCAAAGUCACACAAGUGGGUUUGUGUGUUUGUGAAAACAUAGUCAUGGAAUUUUUGUGUCACAAAGCCAGUAGCUCAGUCUUCUUCAUGACAUUUGAGUGUAGAAAAUGUCAUGAAGAAAAUAGAAAGAUAUUGUUUCAUGCAAUCUCUCAUCCUCUGUUGCAGGAAUCAGAUGGUCAAGGUUGUCCGUUUUGCCGUUGUGAGAUCAAAGGCACAGAGCCCAUCAUUGUGGAUCCUUUUGACCCACGAAAUGAGGGCACCAAGUGCUUCUUCCUGGACCAGCACAGCUGCAACAUGCUGGAGCUGGAUGACGAGGAAGACAGAGAGGACUGCCUGGUCAUGAAUGGACUUGCCAACAUUAGGAAGCACUGUACUGAGCGCCAGAACUCCCCCAUGGUGUCGCCCAGCUCUUCACCUGUCAGCCAACACAGGAAAGCCCAUGGAGGGGAACCCAGUCAUUGCGUCCAGCACCUUGGCCUUCCUCCUGUUCCACCACGACUUGACCUCAUCCAGAAAGGUGCCAUCCGCUCCCCAUCUGCCAGUCCCACUGCCUCUCCGAAGUCUUCACCAGGUAUGUCCAGGAAGCAAGACAAGCCUCUCCCAGCCCCGCCGCCUCCUCAGAGGGAUCCACCUCCACCGCCUCCACCCGAGCGACCUCCUCCAAUUCCUGAGUCACGCCACUCUUGGCUUCCCAGUUCCUCUUCCAUGUCCUCUUCUACUGGGGCACUGUCAGACUCCCAGGUGGCCGCUGAGACACGCUGUACCAAAGACAACCAUUUGGCAGAUGCCCACAGGGCUGGAGUAGAACACCAGCUACAGCUCCCUGCCGGCCCCUCUCACCUGAAUGGAAGACCCCUCAGUUGUCCAUCUGCAGGCUUUGGAAGGUUACAUCACAGAAUGGAGGGGACAGGAAACCAGGAGAGCUCAAAGCCCUUCUCUAAUGGCGUGCAAGUCAGUGAUGACUAUGAUAUCUUUCCCUCAAGGCUGUCGCCAAGUCAAUCCUCACUUGCCAGUAACCACAAAGCCUCCAACCCUUUCAGUAGUCCUGUGCAAGAAAGACAGCAGAGGGCGAUGGAGAGGCUGGGGGAUGACUAUCAAAUCCCUUCAUCCAACCUCUGUCUGAACCAGGCUCCAAUCUGCAUCUCUGUACCCAGCAGGCACUUGGAGAAUGGCUCCACAGAGCUGUCCAAUGAGGAGAAGAAGCAGCAGUUCACUGAGACUGGUAGACACUCAGAAUCAGUCAGGGAGUUGGUCCCAGGGGCAGCAAAUACUGCUCUCUGCCCCUUCAACACCAGCCAGUCACCCUCCAACUAUGACAUUCUGCUGCCCCCCCAAGCAUUAGAAGACCCCUUCAACAGUCGCCCUCCAUCCCAGCCUCCCCCUUCUCCUCCUCCUCCGCCCGCACGACACAGCUUUACUGACCUCUUCACAUCUCUGCCGUCCUCAUCCUGCAACUCCUCCACCUCUUCCUCUGUCAUCGCACGUCCACACCGGCCCUCCUCCGGACAUGAGCAUUUACUGUUAACCCCCGACACAGUGUUUGACAUGCUGAACAGUGCUGCUCCCCUGCCUCCAGUCAGACGACACACAGAAAAUGUUAAAGGCUCCAGAGGCUGCCUUGAAUACGACCAUUUACCAGGUAGUCAAGUAUUGAUGGACUCGCAGGCCCCUGCCAGGCCACCCAAGCCACUGCCCAGGAAGAUCCCUCCAGACAUCCAGCCAGGCAAACCCCACAGCAUGGAUCCCCAGAAUGUAGACGCCAAGAUCGCCAAGUUGAUGGGAGAGGGUUACUCCUUUGAAGAUGUGAAGCGGGCCCUUAUGAUUGCCCAGUACAAAGUGGAUGUGGCCCGAAACAUUCUGCGAGAAUUUGCCUUAGUGGCCCCGAGACUGAACCUCUAGUCCUUGAGACAGUUAAAGGGAAGCACAAGCAUGACGCUGUGCCUCUGAAUGGAUUCAACAAAAAGGGCUUCUCCGUUCUCCUUGGCCUCAGACCAUUGGAAAAAUCUAUGAUCAUCAGAGAAAAGAAAGAUUUCAAGAAUGACUUGCCUUUUGUUGCCAAACAGAGAUGAUGAUGUACAACAAAGUGGCUAAAACCAAAUCAUGUCGGAACUUAGAGAAUGAAAAGUGAUGAAAGACAGAAUGAUCUAAACCUGUCAAAAAAGAAACAGGCUUGUUGUCGUUUAUAGUGAGCUUUGCCGGUGCUGGCUUCUGGUUUUAAAAAGCUCCGGUUUGAAUUGGACUGUUGGACUGGCUAUUUUAAAGCCACAGCUACUGCUGCUACUGUUCCUUUCACAUCCUGUCACCCUCCAGUCUGUAUUUUGAAAGGGCUUUUCAAAAGAGCUAGACAUUUCCUGCCCAUUUCAGCUUCCACGCUCGCACAGUUAUAAGGAGUCAUUUCUAUUUACACCCAGUGGGGGGAGCCAGACUCCACUGUUUCUCUAACUCAAUUUCUCACUUGCCUCUUGGCGCUAUCUCCUACUUCUUCCUCUUCUUUGCCUCGUGUGUUGCCCAUUAGAGAAUACUCCACUGUUUGCACAGAGUCUGUCUGAUGCGUAGGUCUUAACAAGGUCUGGUGAGCUGGGAGUGGUUAGAUGGAGCCAGAGGAUGCCUUAUUGAUUCACUUAUUUUCCCCAGACCUUCAGAAAACUGCACCACAGCUUAUUUUGACAAGGAGUGUAAAGCAACAAGAGAGUGUGUGUGUGUGUUUGUGUCUGUGUCUGUGUGUGUGUCUGCGUGUUUCUGUUCUCAGACCAGAGAUUUAAUCAACUGAGGCCUUUUUUAAUGACAUUCUUCAUCUGAGGAUAGCAAGCCCAUGAAUAUAUUUGUUCUGCAUGAGUGAGCUAUACCUUUGUACACUAUGAGCUCCUAAAGUGAUUAAGUGGUUUAAAUUGUUCAGUGUUUGUCGGAAAAGGUUUAAAUCCUCCACAAUUACUUCAAGUCUAAAGCCAGACAAUUGUGCCUGCAUUUUAACUCAAGCAUUUAGAUGAUAGGAGUGAACCUGUUGUGUAGAUCAGCAGCCAGAGCUCUGAGAUGACGGUGCUCAUUAGUCGUCAUGCUGCAUCAUCCUGUCUCAACUUCAGUUAAACAGCCAUCGUUGUCCCCACAUGAAGAACUCUCACUCUGAUGUGGAGUGCAAGUCACUCUGAUAGCUUUGCAGCAGUUAUUCUUUAUUUUUUUUAUCUCAAAUUCUUCUGUAAACACAACAGACCUGAACUGCAGAGCUUUCAAAUGAUGAGACCUGUCUUAUGCACCUUCACUGUCCAGCACAGGUGAAGUCAAAACCCCCUUACCUCAGAAUCAGCUGUAAACCCCCUAUGUCACCUAUGCAUAUAAUGGAUUAGCUCAAAUGUAAAACAGUGAGGUUUUUAUUUCCUCAGUAAGAGGGAAGAAGGGGGCUAUGUUUACAUGAAUGAUACAUUUUCCUUUUUAUUCAUUCUAUUUUCAUAGCAAUUAGACAACCGGUUAAUUUCAAUAUAUAAUUCUGGACUGGAGUUGGAAACACAGUGCCAACAAAGUCUAACAAGUCAAGCAACUCAAGUGGUCUGACGAUCAGGCAGUCUGUGCCAAACAUGUCUUGUUUACCUGUCAGACACCUGACCUCUUUAAAACAACUGGGUUUACAGAUCUCUGCGAUUUGGAGAGUACAAUGUUAUGUUAUGUUAAUGGUAUUCUAAAGAGACCUGAGCAGUAAAAGAAAACAAAUGUUUUAAAGGUGAUAUGUGUAUGGGACUUGUCAGGAGUGAUUGUUAUUUGCCACCACUGUGAAGAGAUGGGUCAGGGGUAGCUAUUUAGAAUGCUAACAUCAGUUGAAACAAAGAAGCGAUAGAUAUGGAAGAAAAAGAAGCUUUAAAAUUGGUGUUGUUUUGUUGAUGAUGAACAUUUCCUCUCAGUAUGUACUGCAACAACAGUCACAAAAAUGUUGGUCUCAGAAAAAGAAAUAUUUGUGUCUCAGAAUGAAUUGUCUGGUAAAUGAUGGGCUAACAGAGAUUGACAGCUUACAUACUUACUUAGCUUCAUGACAGUACAAGUGAUUUGUUAACAUGACGUGUGGUUUUAACAAUGGUGUGGAACAGGACUGUUGUAAGUUUUAUUGUAGUAACGAUUCAUAGAGUCGACUGAGCUGGAGACUGUGCAGGAUCUGAGGCUGUGAAUGUUGUUUAUGAUCAAAUAAGAGCGGACUCUUUGGACUCCUGUGUUUAGUGAGUGAGUCCAGCUGAAUAAACACUUCGAGAACAACGCAUAGCAUUGACCCAUUUUCACCUCAACGCUCAUUUUUCCUGGAGCCCUUCUGCAGCAAUCAAAAUUAAUUUGGAAGACUUAAUGAAUUUCUUCACAGUGAGGCUUUAAACUGUUAAUUGAUUUUGCCUGACUGUGAUUGAGCUUCCUCAAAGCACAGAUAACAGAGAGUUUCUGAUCAACUAUUGAAUAGUGUGGCUGUUAAGAUAGAAAUGAAAAGGUUUAGUUGGGCCAUCUUGAUAAAACAGCAGGAGGACAUCAUGAUCCCAGUUCUAAAAACACAGCUCACUGACUCUAUUUUUUUUUUCCACGUCUGCAUAAUGUGAUGAUGUGAAUUAAAACAUGAAAGUACUGUUGUGUUCAUGUGUACAAAUAAGCCAGGCCUCUCCACAGGACGUAUUUACAAUAUGAUCCUAACCCUGAUUGAUAUCUAGAUUGUAAAUGGAUUGUAUUUAUAUGAUGCUUUGAGACCAUUCAAAGCACUUUACAGUAUAAUUCACAUUUACACAUUGAUACACACAUCCAUUCAGGUGCUUCUUUCACCACAGCCAUCAAGGGCCAUCCCUCUCUACCUCCUGAGCCACAGCCACUCUAAAACCAGUUUGGUGACCAGGUUAGUUGCUGUGUGCAUAAGUGAGUGUAAGCCGCUGAGAAACAUACAACGCUGUGUAAUCAAGACCAAAUAACCAAAUUAGUGAACGUGCUCUUGAAGUCAAACAACGUGGAAGUCACAAAAGACAUUGUUUUAUUAUUUCAGUCAUCGGGUCACUGUGACAGUAAACAGACAAUGGCUGACUCCUCGUCUGACCCAUCCCUCCACACAGAGGGAUGUAUUCGUCCCACUGUCGUUACUCCCUUUCUUUUCUGAGCAGCACUUUAAAGGAGGACUGCAGUUUAAAAUGUACAUAUGUUUAUAAUACGGCCUAAGACAGUCCAGAGAUAGCUUGUGAUAAUGAGCGAUGCUGUGCGCAAGAAGGAAGUCUUAGAACCAAGUCUCUAAUCUGUGUGUCUACAGUGCAAACACAUUCACAAAACCUUGUUUACCACCAUCGUGCUGUGUGUUUAUGCAGCACACCAACAAAACAAAAACACACGUGUAAAUGUAUAAUUAGGCACUUAGAUAAUACCUAGUCAUCAGAAAAGCAGCUCUAUGCUCCCCUAACGAUGAGCGAUGAAAAUUCUGGACUUGAUUUACAUUUCAACAAUUAUGUGGUGUUUAUAUAACGACAGUGCUUUUUAUACCGAACCAGAAAAAUGUUCUCUCAGACUACUCUCCCUUUCCAACUCACAAAGUAGAGCACUGCUAAUGUUUGGUUUAUUUCCAGUACAAAUAGGGAAUUCAGAUGUGAAAAUCAGUGGCAUUCCUCUUAACCUCGGCACUGUUACUUUAAUUUUCUCAAACUUUAACAACUCUGAUCUCAGAAUUGUCCAUUCUAUUGGACUUCCUGUUGAGAGGGUGUGUGGCCUUGGGUUGCAAAGAGCAGUGUUUAUUAUCAAAUUUCCGUGUUCAAAAACGUGUUGAUAAUAUGUAAAGCAAAGAGUUAUGGAUGAUUAAUUUAUACAUCUUUGUUUUUUCUUUCUCUCGAAAUAUUUUCAUGGACAAGUAAAUAAAAAAGUUAC